AUGAGGGUGCCGGUGCUGCCGCUGGCCUUGCUCGCUCUCCUGAUCACGGCACAUGAAGGAAACGGUGAGGGAAACACCGUGAAGCUCUGCGGGAGAGACUUUGUCAGAGCCAUUGUCUUCACCUGCGGCGGCUCUCGGUGGAAAAGGCAUUUGACUGAUUAUCACUACCUGUUUGAGAGUGAAAACCCCCUGCCCUUCUCCCAAGAGAACAGUUAUGCCAACACCUUGAUGUACGCAGACCAGAGGCCAGCGGCUGACAGCGAAGACAUCGACAACAGCGAGCCCAAGACACAGCGAGACUUGCGACGCGCCAGCAAAACUGCUAUACUAAAAAAGCGCGAAGUAGCCAAACUGCUUACCACUUCCUGCUGCAGCGUUGGCUGCAGCGAGAGAGAUAUCAGUUCCCUGUGCUAG